AUGUCCUCAAUCCCCCAACUUUACAAUGAAAAGUGCUAUUGUGCUGAAUGUAGUCAGAACAAACUAGACUAUAGUUUUGUUGUCAGAAGAACUGCUCAGCACCAUAACAAAAGAGCAAGAUUAGAUGCUAUAAGAUGUGAAAGUGCUAUUCCAACCCGUCAAUCCGGAACCACAGAAGAGGCAUAUGGUCAGACCAGCUUACCUGUUUGGGAAGGAGCCCCAAUGUCUGACUAUGAUAAUGUCAAUAAGUUUAAAUUCUCAAAACUGAAAGCAGUCUUGUAUUUACUGGACUUCCCAGAUUGUUUUUGGUCUGGCACAUUCUAUUGUACAUCUUUCCCUUUCCCUAUACUUUUAUCUAAAAAUAAAACGUUUACACUCAUAAUGAGCUCCAACCGCACUAACUUCAGCAUCAAUGAGAUCAAUGAUGACCACAUGAUCCGCAUUGCACCCAAUUACAAGAGUUCUAACCCCAAAGAAACUGAGACUUUUGCUAACGAAGAGGUCUUUUCUUUUUAUUUUAAGAACUUGGCCAAAAGACACUCGACCUGGAACAUAACCAACACUCAUAUAUCCUGGGCCACCAGCACUGCCAGUCCCAAAGAUGUUGUAAAAACUGUGUACUUCGUCUGUAACCACCAGGGUUUGCCCAAGAAGGUCAAACUGGUCGAAGACGCUGGCAAUCAGAAAGCCAAAAGGGUUCAAACCGAAUCAAUUAAGGAUGGCUGCAAGGCCAAAAUCACUAAGAUGACCUUGCAAAAUGGUAAUGUUGUUGUAGACUACUUGUGGCAGCAUGCCACCCAUCAGCCUGAGAAAGUUCAGGACAUGGUCUGUUCAAGACUACCUGCUGAGCUUGAAGUUGGUCUUGGCGUUUCCAGUUUCCUGACGUCUCUGCACAUCAAGAUAAUUGAUGUGCAGAAUGUCAUCAAUGCUGGUUUGAACAAGCUUUCAAGAAAAAACGCCAUUGAUAAGGCAAGUGUUGAGCAAUAG